CGGUGCCCUGUACACGCCCCUCCGGGCUGCGCGGCCCGAGUCUUCGGGGGAGCUAUGCUGAAGCCGGGGGGUGCGCAGGAAGCCGCGCAGCUGCCCCCUAGGCGCGCCCGCGCCCCUGCCCCUGCACUCGGACCCGCGGCCCCCGACGGCUCCCCGGCUUCGGCCCGCCUAGGUCUUGCCUGCCUGUUGCUGCUGCUGCUGCUGGCACUGCCAGCCCGCGUCGACUCGUCCUGGUGGUACAUCGGGGCUCUAGGCGCUCGAGUGAUCUGUGACAAUAUCCCUGGCCUGGUGAGCCGGCAGCGGCAGCUGUGCCAGCGCUAUCCAGACAUCAUGCGCUCGGUGGGCGAAGGUGCCCGGGAAUGGAUCCGAGAGUGUCAGCACCAGUUCCGCCACCAUCGCUGGAACUGCACCACACUGGACCGGGACCACACUGUCUUUGGUCGUGUCAUGCUCAGAAGUAGCCGAGAGGCAGCAUUUGUAUAUGCUAUCUCAUCGGCAGGAGUGGUCCAUGCCAUCACUCGAGCCUGUAGCCAGGGUGAACUGAGUGUGUGCAGCUGUGACCCCUACACACGUGGCCGACACCACGACCAGCGUGGGGACUUUGACUGGGGUGGCUGCAGUGACAACAUCCACUAUGGAGUCCGCUUUGCCAAGGCCUUCGUGGAUGCCAAGGAGAAGAGGCUUAAGGAUGCCCGGGCUCUCAUGAAUUUACACAACAACCGCUGUGGCCGCACGGCUGUGCGGCGGUUUCUGAAGCUGGAAUGCAAGUGCCAUGGCGUGAGCGGCUCCUGUACUCUGCGCACCUGCUGGCGUGCACUCUCAGACUUCCGUCGCACAGGGGAUUACUUGAGGCGGCGCUAUGAUGGGGCCGUGCAGGUGACAGCCACCCAGGAUGGUGCCAACUUCACAGCUGCACGGCAAGGCUAUCGCCGUGCCACCCGGACUGAUCUUGUCUACUUUGACAACUCCCCCGACUAUUGUGUCUUGGACAAGGCUGCAGGUUCCCUAGGCACUGCUGGCCGCGUCUGCAGCAAAACAUCUAAAGGAACGGAUGGUUGCGAAAUCAUGUGCUGUGGCCGAGGGUACGACACAACUAGAGUCACCCGUGUCACCCAGUGUGAGUGCAAAUUCCACUGGUGCUGUGCCGUGCGAUGCAAGGAAUGCAGAAAUACUGUGGACGUCCAUACCUGCAAGGCUCCCAAGAAGGCAGAGUGGGUAGACCAGACCUGAACACAGAUACCUCACUCUCCUCUCCGUUUCAAGUCUCCCGACUCAAAAGCACAAGAUCUUUGCAUGCACACCUUCCUCCACCCUCAACUCUGGGCUGCUACAGCUUCUAUUUAACGAUUUGGAGAGGAAUCCAGCAGGACCAUGGUGUCCCAGCUGGUUCUUUAGCCCUGGGAAGGAGUUGUUAGGAGAUACAAAGAACCGAGCGGCUCCCUGGUAUCCCCUCUGGAGGUCUGAGGGGAGAGUAGAGGAGGCAGAGGGUCUACGGAGUGAUACGAAUUGCACUAAAGUACCUGGCUGAGGCUCAUUUUUCCUUUCCUUUGUGCUGACUUCCUGAUACUUCUUGGGUGGACAAGAGGAAAGGGACCUAUUGAGAGCUGCUUUUUCACUCCUGCCUGAGGGUAGAUGGGACAGAGAUGACACUGCAUGCCUCUUCCCUUGGAGACAGCCUGAGUAGACUGCCAGCUACUCUAUAAGAAAAGUUUAGGCUAUAACAUUCCUCUAUUAUUUAGAGUUUGUGACUGCUCAAACAAGUUAACCAUAGUGGACAAGGUUCUAGUCACAUGCUCAUAUGUUUAUAAACCACUGUGUUCUGUAGGAGGAAAAACCAUAUAGCUAUAUAAACACAACUUCAUGUUCAUACUCUGUUCCUCUGCCCUUUCCCACCUGUAACAGCACAGUUUUUGGUGUUCACUUUCUGCCUGUUCAAACUGAGGUGGCCAGCAACUAUUCCCAUGCCCAAGAAAUCACUAGAAGACCCUGGAACACUCCUGUGAGGGAGUAAUUUAG